AUUCAGACACGGCUCUGUGAAUUAAACAGGGCUUGUAGACUUCUAGGGAUAUUUUGACUAACUUUUUUUAAGUUUAAAAAAAUUAAAAUAGCGACGAAAGUACUGUAAAUCAGCUGAAAGAAACUUCUGUUGAAGAAUGCAGUAUAGAAUCUUGUAGAAGCUAAAAAGGCAUUCGCUGCUGAAGAUUAAGGAGAAAAAACUUUGUUUUUCUUUGGUUUGUGCCUGUUUAAGUGAAAUCGACUCGUGAUGGUUUUCCUGUCACAGUGGUGUGUUGUAGCAGCAACUCUUGUAGUGACUUUGACUUCAGCCGACCAGGCUGGUGAAGUAGAAGACAAAACAGCUUACUUAAGAAAACGACUAAGAGAGUAUGGGCUGGUUACUCCUUUCAGCACUGACUCGAAAGGCAAUUACAUGUCACAUCUUCUCUCAGCUACUCACAAGCAACGAAUCAAAAGAGAUGUCUCCCAAAUUUCAGACCUUGGGGACGAGAGGCUCUAUUUCAAUAUAUCGGCUUUUGGGAGAGAAUUUCAUCUGCGUCUUAGGCCUAAUAGCAGGUUGGUUGCUCCUGGAGCUGUCAUAGAGUGGCAUGAAGAGACUGGAGAUUUUAAGGAUGAAAUCAAAGUGGAAAGUCAAAAUCGCACAAGUGACAGCUUUGUUAGGAUCCAAGAGACAGAGCGUCUGAGGACAGACUGCACUUACACUGGUGAUAUAACAGACAUCCCUGGUGCUUCAGUAGCCAUUAGCAACUGUGAUGGAUUGGCUGGCUUGAUUCGGAUUCAUUCAGAUGAGUAUUUUAUUGAACCUCUGGUCCAAGGAGUGGUGGAACAGGAAGAAAAAGGGAGAGUCCAUGUAGUUUACAAAAGGUCAGCUGUGCAUCCUGCAGUUCCAGAGGUGCCCACAAAUGUCCCUGACAAUGAUCCAGAACUUGAUGUUGCAGAAGCUGUGGACAGUCUUACUGAACAAAUGAAUGACACUCUCAGGAGGCGCAGACAUGCUGGAACAGAUGAUUACAAUAUUGAGGUCCUUUUGGGAGUGGAUGAUUCUGUUGUACGAUUCCAUGGAAAGGAACAUGUUCAGAAUUACCUACUUACUUUGAUGAAUAUAGUGAAUGAGAUUUAUCAUGACGAAUCCCUAGGUGCACACAUAAAUGUUGUACUUGUGCGAAUGAUUAUGCUUGGUUAUGCAAAGUCUAUUAGCUUGAUUGAAAGAGGAAAUCCUUCUAGAAGUUUGGAGAAUGUAUGUCGAUGGGCAUUUUCACAGCAAAAGUCUGACCCUGAUCAUUCUGAACACCACGAUCAUGCCAUUUUUCUGACAAGACAAGACUUUGGACCAGCUGGAAUGCAAGGAUAUGCUCCAGUCACUGGUAUGUGCCAUCCUGUGCGUAGCUGCACCCUAAAUCAUGAAGAUGGAUUUUCCUCAGCAUUUGUAGUGGCCCAUGAAACAGGACACGUUUUGGGGAUGGAACAUGAUGGCCAAGGAAAUCGCUGUGGAGAUGAAACCGCAAUGGGCAGUGUGAUGGCACCUCUGGUGCAGGCUGCUUUUCACCGUUAUCACUGGUCAAGAUGUAGUGGACAAGAGCUCAAACGAUAUAUUCAUUCAUAUGACUGUCUUUUGGAUGACCCUUUUGAACAUGAUUGGCCAAAACUACCAGAACUCCCUGGAAUUAACUAUUCAAUGGAUGAACAAUGCCGAUUUGACUUUGGUGUUGGAUAUAAGAUGUGCACAGCUUUUCGUACUUUUGAUCCUUGCAAGCAGCUCUGGUGUAGCCACCCUGAUAAUCCAUACUUCUGUAAGACAAAGAAAGGUCCACCUCUGGACGGGACUGAAUGUGCACCUGGAAAAUGGUGUUAUAAAGGUCACUGUAUGUGGAAAAAUGCAAACCAAAUGAAACAGGAUGGAAGCUGGGGAACCUGGACUAAGUUUGGAACUUGUUCUCGUAGCUGUGGAAUAGGAGUACGAUUUAGAACUCGCCAGUGCAACAAUCCAUCACCAUCAAAUGGCGGAAGUGACUGUCCUGGGUUAAACUAUGAGUAUCAGCUUUGCAAUACCGAUGAAUGUCCAAAACACUUUGAAGAUUUCAGGGCACAGCAGUGCCAGCAGAGAAAUUCCUACUUUGAGUAUCAGAAUAUGAAACAUCACUGGCUCCCUUAUGAACAUCCAGAUUCAAAUAAAAGAUGUCACCUCUAUUGUCAAUCAAAAGAAACUGGAGAUGUGGCUUACAUGAAGCAAUUAGUCCAUGACGGAACUCGUUGCUCAUAUAAAGAUCCACAUAGCAUAUGUGUACGGGGUGAAUGUGUGAAAGUAGGCUGUGACAAAGAAAUUGGGUCCAGUAAAGUUGAAGAUAAAUGUGGGGUCUGUGGAGGCGAUAACUCCCAUUGUAGAACAGUGAAAGGGACCUUCACGAGAACACCUAAGAAACCUGGAAAACAAAUAAGCAAGAGAUGGCAUAAAGAAACCCAGUUUCUGGAAAAUAAAACCUGGAAGACGAGAGGAGCAUUUUCAUUACCCAAAAGAGCGCGAAAUGUUUAUCUCUCUGAAACAAAGGAAUCCAAAAAUACCCUUGCCAUCAAGAAUCAAGCCACAGGACAUUAUAUUCUAAAUGGUAAAGGAGAAGGAGUAGUGUCUAAGAGGUUCAUUGAUCUUGGUGUAGAAUGGGAAUAUACCAUUGAGGACAACAUUGAAACUGUUCGUACAGAUGGUCCAUUGCAUGAUGCAGUUCUAGUUUUGAUUAUACCACAAGACAAUGAAACAAGAUCAAGCCUUACAUACAAAUACAUUAUUCAUGAGGAUUCCGUACCUACAAUCAAUAAUAACAAUGUGCUACAGGAAGAGACUGACGCCUUUGAGUGGGCUUUGAAAAGCUGGUCACCCUGUUCAAAGCCCUGUGGAGGAGGCUUUCAGUACACUAAAUAUGGCUGUAGAAGGAAAAGUGACAAUAAGAUGGUUCAUCGUAGUUACUGUGAGGCAAGCAAAAAGCCAAAACCUAUUCGCAGGAUGUGUAAUCUCCAGGACUGCACUCAGCCCCUUUGGAUAACAGAAGAAUGGGAACACUGUACAAGAACCUGUGGAAGUUCAGGGUAUCAGCUUCGUAGUGUCCGCUGUGUCCAGCCUCUUCAUGAUGGAACCAACCGGUCAGUUCACACUAAGUACUGCAUUGGAGACAAGCCAGAAAGUCGUAGACCAUGUAAUAGGUCACCCUGCCCUGCUCAGUGGAAAACCAGCUCUUGGUCUGAGUGUUCAGUAACCUGCGGUGAAGGAACAGAACGCAGACAGGUGACAUGCCGGACUGGUGAUCGAUGUGAUGGAGAAAAGCCAGAGUCAACUAGGAUGUGCAGGCUUCAGCCAUGUAAUGAUGAGCCAUGUUUAGGAGACAAGUCAAUUUUUUGCCAGAUGGAAGUUCUUGCAAGAUACUGCUCCAUUCCUGGAUAUAACAAGCUUUGCUGCGAGUCCUGUAGCAAACGAAGUACAACCGUAUCAUCACAUUAUCUAUCUGAAAACAAAGAAGAGGAAAAUCUGGAUUCUGUCCAUAUUCCUGGAGUUGUAGCCAUGCCAUCCACCAUAGAACAAAACAAUUCAACAUCUGUGUCCUCUCGAAAAAUCACUCAGGGCUACAGGCCAGCCAUGGAAAGCUACAAUGCCUUUAGCACUAUAUCUACUGCUAACAACCAGUCACAGUCUACAAAUUCUUCACAAAUUAUGCAUCCUUAUAGCAGGAAGACUUCCAAACCUCUAGCAAUUCAGCAUCAGCUACAAGUUAGAAGAAAUGCAAAUCAUACUUAUGCCUUUUUAGGAAUUAAUUCGCCACCACCUCCAGCAAAUAAUAGUAGUGGUGCUGCAGCGAGAAGGUCAGAGAAAUAUGUAGACAGGAAGUGGCUGUCACGAUCUACGGCAGUUGAGAGAUGAAGGUGAUUUCUAUUGUGCAAGUGCAAAAUACUAUGGACAUAAUGGUUCAUGCUGCAUCUCAAGAGGUGUAACUUAAAUAUACUAUUUUCAGAGGAAAAACGGUAAUGAAUGAAUGAAAAUGUACACAAUAGAAAGUGCUGGUUCACUUUAUGCUCUUGACUUCCAUCUGUUUCUCUCACUGUGGGCAAAGUUCUUUACCGCCAGUGGCUGGAAAUACACCAAAGAUGCACUCUGUGAAGGUGGAUUAGUCAUUUAAAUCAAAGAGUUUAGUCAAGAAAUAUUUGCACACCAGCUGAUGUGAUUUAAAAAGGUCAAAAUAAGAUUAUAGUUUUAAUUACAGAAAAUACUGUAGUAUAAGAACGUUUAUAUGGACUUGUUUAUUUUGUAUUAUCUGUUAGAUAUUUAUAAUACUUUGCAGCUGUUGUGUAAAUAAUGUAUAUGCAAAACAUCAGUAUUAUUUCUAAGAAGGCAAAAAGGGUUUGAAAACUUAUUGGCCAAUAAAACUACAUGUCUGACAUUUAGAAAUGCAGUAUAUACAUUCCUGUAUAAAGAACAGUAGGACAGUAUAACUUGUUACAAGUGUUCAUCAUUUAAAAUGUAUGGAACAGGGAGUAAAACUCUACCUUCUUUUAUACAGUAUACACAGACACAAAGUAGCUCAAAGGUGAAACAUAUACCACUUACACAUCUUCAAAUAAUUCAAAUGGUGCUAAUGUACAGUUACUGUGUGGUCAUUUGGAACUGAGUAUUAAAGGGGAGAUUCUGAAAUAACAGCCAUGACACCAAAAGCAGCACAGACUGCAGUGUAUCAGCAGUUUUUCAUUUUGAAAUCGCUCUCAUUAGCCAUCUUCUCCGUCUGCUGCCUUAGAAAGUACAGGAAGAUCAUUUUACAGUCUUCUUUUUUCUAUUACAUGUCAAACAACAGAUAGCAGCAAGAUGGGUGUGCAGUUUCAAAACAAGCAUUUUUGUUAAUUCAUACUUAAGGAACAGGGCAAAUUGCAAUUAUUUUGCCUAUUCAAUUUAAAGAGAGUUUUAUAUGAAAGUGUGAGGAUUAUUGUGCCUUGCAGUUUCCAGUUAAUUUGGCUACAGUCUAUUUGAUUGUACUAAAGAAACCUGGGCAGGGAGUUCUUUUUUUAUAGGAAUCUUCAGUGUUUCCACACAAUGACAAUGCAUUUGACUGCAAUAAUGAGACAAGUAAUUUAAAUCAGUUAACCUGUUUUUCACAGUUCGGUCAGAGAUCGUCUCUCCUGUGUUUUGAGCUGUAGUACUUGUAUAGUGGACUGAGAAUUUCAAAUAUUUAUUAAAAGUACCUUCUUCAUAUGCGUAUACAUAACCAGAAUGAAUAAGCUGGUCAGAUUUUUUACACACUACGCUUCAUGCACACUGUCAGCGAGAAAGCACAGUUUCAAACUGAUGGAACAACUGUCGGUAGAAAUUUACAGUAACUAGUUGACUAAAAUUUUAACAUGCAAAUUAGUAAUUCCUUGACAAAGCUGUUUGAAAACAGCAAAUGUAGCUUGAAAGUAAAUUUUUAUAAUUAGGCUUCUAAGAAACAUACUGAGGAUCUAAUUUUUUAUUAAGUCCUCUGCAAAAACCAGUUCAUACAAAAAUAGACGUUGUAGUAUGUAGUUGUCAAAUAGAACAUUGAAGCACAUAGUAUUACACUAUGGAAGGUUGUUUAUUUUUUUGUAAUAUAAUAUGGUGUUGACUCAUUGCCUCUAAUGAAUUGCUGCUACAUUCAUGCAAUGAAUUUGUUUGGUCAAAUAAAAGCUAGUAUUUUGUAGAUUUUCUAUUGACAAUCCCUGAGCCUCAAACAGAUAGCUAUGAGUAUGUUAUUUAUGUCUGUCUAUUCAGUACCUUCUGUAUACUCCUUUUAUUUCAUUUUUGUUUUUAUUUUUAAAGUUUUGUAUUUUUUUCUCAUGCAAGUGUACACUACUGAUGCUGUUUGUUGUAUUGGGGAGCACAUAGCAAUAAAAAAAGGUUUUUAAUAUUCA